AUGUCUGAACCAACCUCAGUUAUCCCCAAGGGCUCCAUUAUCCUCAUCACCGGCCUGACAGGAUACAUCGCAACGCACAUUGCGCAACAGCUAUUCGCCGGUGGCUACAACGUCCGCGGCACAGUGCGUGACUUGUCCAAGGCCUCAUGGCUCAAAGAUGAGCUCUUCUCGACUGAGCACGCCGCCGGCAAACUUGAACUUGUCCAGGUGCCAGAUCUCGCAGCACCCGAAGCCUUCAAUGAAGCGGUCAAGGGCGUCUCGGGUGUAGCCCACGUCGCUACCAUCACGAGUUUCGACCCGGACCCCAACAACGUCAUCCCACAGACCGUGGAAGGAGUGCUCUCGCUUCUUCGAGCUGCCGCUGCUCAGCCGUCUGUCCGCCGCGUAGUGUACACCUCUACUGCAGCAGCGGCUGUGAUGCCUAUGCCCGGUGUAGAGGGGCAGAUCGGCCGUGACUCGUGGAACGAUGCUGCUGUGCAGGCAGCAUGGGCUCCGCCCCCAUAUGAGGGCUCCCGCUCGCUCGUGACUUACAUUGCCAGCAAAGUUGAAGCAGAGAAGGCAGUGUGGAAAUUCGCCAAGGAACAGAAUCCUGGAUUUACCGUCAAUGUCGUCAGUCCAUUCACCACACUGGGGCAGGCGCUUCACCCAACCCAUGUGAGAGGGGCUGUGGGCUGGGUCGAGCAAUUGUGGAAGGGGGAUACAAGCCAGCUUGGCAUGUUACCUGCAGCAAUUUAUGUCAAUGUCAAGGAUGUCGCCACUUUGCAUGUCGCGGCCCUAUUGGAUCCGCGAGUCAAAGAGGAAAGGAUCCAGGCUUGGGCUACACCCUUCAACUGGAACGAUGUUUUGACCGUUUUACGACGCCUAUAUCCGACCCACCAUUUUGUUGACGAUCUGUCGGGAAUGGGAAAGAUUCUUGCCACGACCGAUGACACUCUUGCGCGACGACUGUUGAAGGAAUGGGCUCAUCAGGAUGAGUGGACCGGCUUUGAAGAUGGAAUUCAAGAGACGGUAAAGAGUUUCACUUAA